GGCAGGAGGAGAGCGAAACACGACACCCCGGCGGAGGAAGAGGGGGGCCGAGAGAACACGAAGUGACUGAGUGAGUGGAAAAAGAAAAAGUGCGAGCCGGAGACGGAGCAGGGACGGAGAAAGAACCCAGUUCGGUUCCUUUGUGCGGCGCCGCUGCUGCUGCUGUUGUUGUUGUGACUGUCGGCGAAAGAAGAAGAAGAAGAAGAAGAAGAAAAAAAAAGGAAGAAGAUGAGGACGAAGACGUGCUGGAGGAAUCGACCGUGCGACACCGUUACAACGCGCCGGACGACCGUGUAGACUCGUCGCAUUCCGUCGCUCCGGCACCGACCAACGGCAGCGCGACUCCUCCAAACUUUGACCUGCGCCAUUCAGACCCGGCCGCCUGGAUUUCCCCCCUCAACAGGCUUCGGGGCAACUUUUCCCAGCAGCAAGUUUAACGAAAAAUACAAACACCGCAGGAAGGAAAAGAAAAAAAAAAGUUUGUGACACGAUAACCAAACUAAACUAACUCCGAGCGAAGUUAGCGGCCGCUUUUGAACUCCUAAAACCGGGGCAGGUUGUUUCCAACGAGCCGCUGCUGAGAACAACACCGGAGGAAGGAGUGGGGUGUCGCUAGCUCGCUCGGCGGCUAAAAGCUAGCUAACUACCGUCUAAAGUUACGAGUCGACGGGAAAAGUGACCGAAGCGGAGCACCGAAGACGGCAACAAAGAUGAAAACCCCGGCGGACACGGGGUUUGCUUUCCCAGAAUGGGCCUACAAGCCGGAGUCCAGCCCCGGAUCCAGGCAGAUCCAGCUGUGGCACUUCAUCCUGGAGCUGCUGAGGAAAGAGGAGUACCACGACGUCAUCGCCUGGCAGGGAGACUAUGGAGAGUUCGUCAUCAAGGACCCGGACGAGGUGGCUCGGCUGUGGGGGGCCAGGAAGUGUAAACCUCAGAUGAACUACGACAAGCUCAGCCGAGCUCUCAGAUACUACUACAACAAGAGGAUUCUUCACAAGACCAAAGGGAAAAGGUUCACCUACAAGUUCAACUUUAACAAACUAGUGCUGGUCAACUACCCCUUCAUCGACAUGGGCUCUGGUCGAGGAGUCCCCCAGAGCGCCCCUCCUGUGCCAACUGGAGGCACCCACUUCCGUUUCCCUCCUUCCACCCCAUCAGAGGUCCUGUCGUCCAGCGAGGAGCUGCGCAGCCCGGGCAUGUUCAGCAGCGUCGCCCGCCGCAUGGCCCGCGGCUCCGUAAGCGACUGCAGCGACGGCACCUCCACCAACUCUGAGCUGGAGGAGGCCGUGGGUGCCGAGGACAGGGCUGUGGGGCCGGAGAGGGCCUUCAGGGGUCUCCUUCCUCCCCGCCUGCCUCAUGAUUCUCUGUUCAGGGUCUACGGAGGGGGCCCAAACCCAGCAGGGCUCCCCAGACCUGCACCCAGGGUCCACCCAGAGCCUCUGUCCCCGUUCCCAGUCUCACCCCUGCCUGGCCCCGGAGGUCUGCUGGCUCCAACUCUGUCCCCUGCCCUGUCUAUGACCCCCACUCCACACCUGCCCUAUACCCCGUCCCCCUCUCUGUCGUCCCCCAUGGUGGGCUCCCACUUCUCCUUCAACCCGGAGGACAUGAAGCAUUACCUGCAGGCCCACACCCAGUCAGUCUUCAACUACCACCUCAGCCCCCGAGCCUUCCUCCACUACCCCAACAUCGUCAUUCCCCAGCCCCACCGCCCCACCCCCGAGAAACCGGCCGCCCAUCACCUCCACGGCCCGCCCAUGCCGCUCGCUCAUUCGCUGAGUCAGCAGCCAGGAGGCGGCGAGGACGGGCACCAGCACCCAUCACAGUUCAAGUUCAAGCUGCAGCCACCGCCACUCGGCCGCAAACAGAGGGAAGCAGGGAGCUCAUUGGCUACUUCCUCUUCUUCCUCUUCCUCCAGCCAGUCCUCCUCGUUCACAGUAUCUGGUCAGCUAAGCAGUUCUAUCCUCGCUGGGGGGCCUCCGAAGAUCAAGGUGGAACCCAUCUCAGACAUUGAAUCUGAAGAAGAGGUGGAGGUGACUGAUAUCAGCGAGGAAGAUGAGCUGAAUCACAACAACGAGGAUGACGAAGGCGACAUCUUCACCCCGACAGCUCGCCACCGUCAUCACCAGCUCAACAACCACCACCAGGCCAACGGAAACAGCAGCAGCCCCUCUGCUCCUCUUCCUCCUCUCCCCGACGACGACGAUGACGAGGAGGUCUUCAAGACUCCAGCCACUCCUCCGCCGGGCAGCGGAGGCCUGGCCUUCCCUCUGAUCGGUCUGAAGAGCGAGCCGGGCCAGCCGUCUCCCAUCAGCCCCGGAGGCACUCGCUGCAUCCCGCUCAAGCUUCGUUUCAAACGCCGCUGGAGCGAAGACCAGAAGAUGGAGGCGGACGGGGAGAGGGACGAGGCAGAGGACAAGAAAGUGAGGGCCGAAGGAGAGGAGGAGGUGGAGGGGAAGAGGGAGGAGGCUGGGAGGAGAGAGGGUGAGGUAGAGAAUGGAGGAGGGAGAGGUGGGGGAGUUAUUCUGGGGCUGAUGCUGCCACCAGCUCCCACCCAGCGCAGAGCGAGCUCAGAGCUGCAGAGGGCCACGGCACAGCUGUCUCUGGAAAACACCGGCUGCUGAGCUUCAUGCACCAAACACACAGGGGAUCUCACUUAGACACAAACACUCUUCUGGAAGCCUGUCAACAAGUUCAGUAGCUUUGGAUCGACCAUAAAGUCUUGUCAGUUCUUGCCGGCAGGGAGUUUUUUAAAGCUAAAAACUGCAACGUUACCACAUAGAAACACUUUUAUUUUGUCUUUCAGCGUAAAUCUGAACAUGUACAUCUGUCAUAUGCAGGAACUGUUUUUGUGCAAUAAUUAAAGGAGUUAUUGGCACCUUGAACCGACCCCACAGCUCCUUAAAUUACCAGAAACAUCAUCUUUUCCUGCAUAUGAGACAUCUACAUGUUUACAUCAGAAUGAAGGACAAAAUAACAGUGAACAGAUUAUCUUUCAGGUUUUGUUGCAGUUUUUGCGUCAACAUGAUUGGUCAGUACUGUCGGCAAGUAGCUGCAAGAAGUUAUGAUGAGACGUAGAUGUUCCUGUGUUGCCUCUAAUGUACAGUAGGACGGUGCGUGUCCACCUAAGUGUUUAUUCCUGCGGCCUGCGUGUUUUUUCAGUUUUUACAAUGAGAUGCGGUAAAGGCUUUACGAAAUGCCGAGCGUUUUUUCUGAUUGCCAAUAGUUGAAAAGUAUUUGCUCAUCUUUGCUCAUCACUUUUUACCCAGUGGAGGAAAGACAGGACCAGAACCACACAAACCAAUCGUCACAUCCUACAACAGCUAAAAUACAGUAGAGGAGAAGUUAAUACUGCUGCUGUCUGAGUAUCCACAUCUGCACCAUGUAACAUCCUCCAACAACCACAAUAUUUACAUGAAAAAUAACACUCAACAUGCUGCAAAGUUUGUUUUUCUGGAUACACCUGCAGCACAUCUACAGCGUAGGGCGAGCUCACUGACUGUUGUGAAUUCAGUUUUCAAAUGCAGCAAGUUUCUGUCAUAUUUGUAAGUCGACAGACUUCAGUAGAUUUUAUAAAGGAGGAAGUUACUCAGCAACCAACGGCUGGUCCUGUAAAAUAAGCACCGUCAAGGUGAUCAAGACCCAAAAUGAAGCCUCCAUUUGGUACAGGUAGUGAUUUCCUGGAUACUGGUAUCAGCUCAUCGUGACUUGUUUCUGAGUAAAGGUCCAGGUUUACUUGACGCAAAAACUACAAAUAGUCGGCUGGUUUAGUUUUACAUUUGCGGCGCACCACUCGCAUGCAGCUCUCACACUUAGUUCAGCCAGUUUAUUUGUUUUAGUGACGCAGCAGCUGCUCUACGAACACUCCACAUAUGUUGCGUGUGCAGCGUAAAGCUUAGAAGAGCAUUUUUGUAGUUGAUUGGUACUUGCAUCACAUUACAUCUGCAAAUAUUCAGCGUCAGAGCAACUGAACCGUCUCAGCUGAGAAAACUCUGAGCCUCCAACUGGAAGCAUUCAACUCGAUCAGCAGGCAAAGAAAAAAAAAAACACUUUGGUGGACACUCGGCCUCAGUCAAGACACCUUUGUGCCCCUGUUAUCUUAUCAAUCACAGCAGACAGAGAGUCUUUGCUGUGACUUAAACACUACGAGAUAGCCGAGCUCAGUUUGUACAUUGAUUCAAUUUCUGCCCGAUUUGUUUAUUUUUAACAUUCGAGCCCCACGGAGAGGGAGUCUGCUCUUACUAUCCGUUAGGAACUACACACUGCCUUUUCUAAGCCUCCUCGCCCUCCUAGUGCCAGUUAUGCCAGUAACUCUGCCAUCCAUCGCCUCACAUCAUCACACACGUGCCCAGAUUAUCAUCAUCUUUAAUGGCAUUCAGUGGGUCUAACUUGUUUGUCUGGAGCAGCGAAGCUAAUUUGCAUCCUCCUCUAAAGAGUACAAAGGCGGCCUGAAUUGUACAAAAGUAGAUAGAAAGAGUUUUAAUGAAUUUCUCACUCAUCUCCGGCUCACUUAAGGGUGGUGAGCGCUCCUCCUCAUCUCCCCCUCGCUUCUUUUUCCUCCUCCUUUGUACUCACCAUAAGAGACAGACAAAUCCUGAUGUUACUAAGAAGACUUAACAGCCCUGAUAGAGAUUAUAGAAGUGCCUCUCUGUCUGCACCCAUCACCAUGCAGUCGUUUACAAGAUGGAGGGCAGUGAGCAAAAAAAAAAAAAAAAAAAA